CAGUAAGCUUUGUCUUCCUGUGAGAGCGUGGCUCGUUGUGUUGUGUUUGAUUUAUUAAGAGCUUGGACAUUAUUAAGAGCUUUUUCUUGUUUUUUUAUCUGAACGGUUUUAGUUAAAGUGACGGUUUAGACGUGAAACGGAAAUAUUGAGAACGAGUAAAGAAAAACAACAACUCACGCCGACUGCAGAGAGCGAGGGAUAUAGGAGAGAGUGAGAACGGAUCAGCCUCACUCAAAGGAAGUUUCUGAGAUGGAAGCAGCUCACAUCAGCCCAGAGCUUCCUAUUCGAUGGGUUGUUUCUGCAGACAGGACUGUUGAGAUCAAGGAGGAAGUGACUGAGCUGGGGUGUGACCAGGCCAAUGAGCGGAUCCUGCAGGAGGAAACGCUACCUUCUAGCAUCACUGAGAGAGGUACUGAUAUGAAGCUUUCUGAACUGGAACCUGUCCCCAUUAAAGAUGAGGCCCAAGAAGAACUAGAAACUGUCCACAUUAAAAAGGAGAGUCCUGUACUAGAAUCAGUCCGUAUUAAAAGGGUUAUUCUCAAUUCUAAACCCUUAAGCAGCUUGCAGGGCUCUCUUCCCUGUCCUGGAUGUGGGGAGAGUGUUAAUCCUGAAGGAAACCUUGAAACAUCUCCUGGUAAGACUCUGCAUCGCUGUGCUGGAUGUGUGAAGACUUUCAGGGAGUCAGGAAUCCUGAACGGACAGCAGCAAACAGGCACUGGAAAGACUCCAUAUUACUGUCAUGAAUGCGGGGCAGAUUUCAGACACCACAGCACCGUGAAACACCACCUGCGAGUUCUGAAGGUACAGCUGGGUUAUCCUUGUGAAAGGCAGGAUUCAGAGAUGGAGCCUGUCCACAUUAAAGAGGAGCUUCCUGAACUAGACCCUGUCCAUGUUGAAGAGGAGCUUCCUGAGCUGGAACCUGUCCACAUUAAAGAGGAGAAUCCUGUACUAGAAAAUUCAGAAUGUGAACACCUUUCAGCUUCAUCCCACUGCAAAAACUCUUCUAGUGACAAACCACAGUGCAAGAAACACAGAGAGAAGACACCCCAAGAAAGAAAUAUGAAGAAAUUGAGAACUCGCUCAGUUAAAAUUCCUUCUUUAGAAGACAGACAACCACUUUCUCUGGAGAGUAUAGAGAUUGCACAUUCUGUGUGUGUGAAAAAUUCUGAAACCCAGGGCAACUUGAAGACCCUGCCUUGUUCUACUAAACCAAGAAAGAGUUCACGUCAAUUAGGCUCUCCUAAAACUCACAAGGGAAAUUGUACAGAAGAGACUCCAUUUCCCUGUGCUGAUUGUGGGAAGAGUUUCAGUCAUUUAUCACAGCUUAAAAUCCACCAGCGCAGUCACACAGGAGAGAAACCUCAUCACUGCACUGAGUGUGGGAGGAGUUUCAGUUUGGUAAAAACCCUUAAAAGACACCAGCGAGUUCACACAGGAGAGAAAUGUCACAGCUGGAAUGAUUGUGGGAAGAGCUUCACUGAAUUAGGAAGUCUUAAAAAACACCAACGAAUUCACACAGGAGAGAAACCUUACCACUGCACAGAGUGUGGGAAGAGAUUCAGUCAUUUAUCAGACCUUAAAAAUCACCAGCGCAUUCACAAAGGAGAGAAGCCAUACCACUGUGAUGAUUGCGGGAAGCGUUUUACUGAAUUAGGAAGUCUUAAAAGACAUAAACUAAUUCACACAGGUGAGAAACCACACCUCUGUAAUGAAUGUGGAAUGCGCUGCAAUUAUUUAGGAAAUCUUAAAAAACACCUACAAAUUCACGUAGGAGAGAAACCACACAACUGUAAUGAUUGUGGGAAGGGCUUUACUGAAUUAGGAAAUCUUAAAAGACACAAACGAGUUCACACGGGAGAGAAGCCAUACCACUGUAAUGAUUGUGUGAAGAGCUUUACUGAAUUACGAAGUCUUAAACGACACGAACGAAUUCACACAGGAGAGAAAUCCUGAAUGUUGGGAAAGUUUUAAUCUAUUUAAACAUUAACUUAAAAACCAGGAAAUUAUUGCAUCACUGAAGAGAUUAAUGUGAUGAACAAUUUAUAAUGCAAUUGGAGUUAAAAUCCUUUCUUGACAAACAAGCUUCUCGUAACAUUCCUUCACAAAGACACCUCAGAAGUGU